CUGGAGAAGAAAAAGCUGAUGCUCGUCUGAACCGCUUUAGCCCCUCGAUUUAUAAAAAUAAAAGCACAUUAUCGUGUCUGGCUCUGAGGAUUUAAACCCCUGAGGACGUCCCGGGGCUCCUGUGGACCACCUCGAAUGUAAACGGCUGGAGGGUGAGAUACCAACGGGUGAUCCGCACAUUGGUCUUGCGGUGGAGCCACUAGAGGGGCACGUGGUCUGAACAGAGAGUGAAAGGGCACCCCAGCAGGUAGUAUUGGAAGCUGUGUGAGGACAUGAAAACGGAGACAUCCACAGAUGGAGAGACCUCAGAAGCCUGUGUGAAGAAAGAGGAGAUGCUGGAGCUGAAAAUCUACAACUAUGGAGACGAUCUCGACAACCCACCUGAAGGUCUCUCUGUUAAAGUGGAAGAUCCUGACAAUAAAGACCAUCUCUACAGGGCGGACGGACCAGGGCAUUCGCCUGCCUGGCCGUGCCCGACGAGGAGUGCUCUCGGCCGGCUUGGGAGGCAGAUGGCAGCCCCUCCUGGAAGUGUGGUUUUACCAUGGGCCUCAUGCGACUGUGAAGUUUGCAAAUCCUUCUUCCUCAACAAAUGUGAGGUUCAUGGACCACCCCUCUUCAUCCCAGAUACUCCUGUUCCCAUGGGAGUCCCUGACCGAGCCAGACAAACUCUUCCUCCUGGGCUAGAAAUCCAGAAGUCCAGUAUUCCUGAUGCAGGCCUGGGAGUGUUUAAUAAGGGGGAGACUGUUCCAGUAGGUGCACACUUCGGACCCUGCCAGGGAGAGCUGGUGAACAGGGAAGAAGCCAGGAACAGUGGAGACUCCUCGGUUGUAUACAGGAGCAUGCAGUGUGAAGAAUACAUUGAUGCCAAAAGAAAGAUGCAUGUGAAUUGGAUGAGAUAUGUGAAUUUUGCCCGUAAUGAAGAAGAACAGAAUCUUGUGGCAUUUGAGUAUCAAGGGGGAAUUCUGUAUCGUUGCUGUCGAUCCAUUAACCCAGGACAGGAGCUCUUGGUGUGGUAUGAAGAGGAAUACACCAAAGAACUCCGUCCUGCACCUACAGGAACAACCAGACAGCAAGUUUCUCCAGAAGUAAAGAAUGCUCUGCUGCAAGUCUUUUCCUGCUCCACAUUCCCUCGUUCCAAUGCAUCUCAAAUUUACCUCGACAAACACAUCCAGAGAUGCCACUAUGAAGAGGAUGCAAGACUGCGAGAAUCAGGAGAGAUUAAAUAUGAGCUUCAGAUCCCCUCCAAAUGCUCCAGUCGUCAGCCAACAUCAGCUGAUACUAUCCAUUCUGAUACUUCCCAUAAUGAUAUACAGAAGGAAAUUCACCACUGCUCAGAUUGUGGAAAGAGUUUUAGUCAUCAGAAUGCACUCAAGACACACCAGCGAAUUCACACAGGAGAGAAGCCGUAUCACUGCUCACAGUGUGGGAAGAGUUUUACUCAGCAGAGUGAUCUCCAACGACACCAGCGCAUUCACACAGGAGAGAAACCGUAUCACUGCUCACAGUGUGGGAAGAGUUUUACUCGUCAGAGUGAUCUCCAACGACACCAGCGCAUUCACACAGGAGAGAAACCGUAUCACUGCUCACAGUGUGGGAAGAGUUUUACUGAACGGAGUGCUCUCCGACGACACCAGCACAGUCACACAGGAGAGAAGCCGUAUCACUGCUCACAGUGUGGGAAGAGUUUUACUCAUCGGAGUCAUCUCCAAAUCCACCAGCGCAUUCACACAGGAGAGAAGCCGUAUCACUGCUCACAGUGUGGGAAGAGUUUUACUCAUCGGAGUAAUCUCAAAAAACACCAGCACAUUCACACAGGAGAGAAGCCGUAUCACUGCUCACAGUGUGGAAAGAGUUUUACUCGUCAGCGUGAUCUCCAAACACACCAGCGCAUUCACACAGGAGAGAGGCCGUAUCACUGCUCACAGUGUGGGAAGAGUUUUACUCGUCAGAGUGCUCUCCAAACACACCAGCGCAUUCACACAGGAGAGAAGCCGUAUCACUGCUCACAGUGUGGGAAGAGUUUUACUCGUCAGAGUGCUCUCCAAAUACACCAGCGCAUUCACACAGGAGAGAAGCCGUAUCACUGCUCACAGUGUGGGAAGAGUUUUACUAGUCAGAGUAAUCUCCAAAUACACCAGCGAAUUCACACAGGAGAGAAGCCGUAUCACUGCUCACAGUGUGGGAAGAGUUUUACUCGUCAGUGUGAUCUCCAAACACACCAGCGGAUUCACACAGGAGAGAAGCCGUAUCACUGCUCACAGUGUGGGAAGAGUUUUACUCAUCAGAGUAAUCUCCAAAUACACCAGCGCAUUCACACAGGAGAGAAGCCGUAUCACUGCUCACAGUGUGGGAAGAGUUUUACUCGUCAAAGUACUCUCCAAACACACCAGCACAUUCACACAGGAGAGAAGCCACAUCACUGCUCACAGUGUGGAAAGAGUUUUACUCAUCAGAGUGCUCUCCAGAUACACCAGCGCAUUCACACAGGAGAGAAGCCGUAUCACUGCUCACAGUGUGGGAAGAGUUUUACUCAUCAGAGUGCUCUCCAGAUACACCAGCGCAUUCACACAGGAGAGAAACCGUAUCACUGCUCACAGUGUGGAAAGAGUUUUACUCAUCAGAGUGCUUUCCAAACACACCAGCGCAUUCACACAGGAGAGAAGCUGCAUCACUGCUCACAGUGUGGAAAGAGUUUUACUCAUCAGGGUGAUCUCCAACAACACCAGCGCAUUCACACAGGAGAGAAGCUGCAUCAGUGAUCAUAGUGUGGAAAGAUGUUUACUUAUUUAGUUACGUUUAAGACCUACAAGUGCAUUAACUCGGAGACAUUGCAUGAUUUAAAGUUCAUCUCAUCUCAUUAUCUCUAGCUGCUUUAUCCUGUUCUACAGGGUCGCAGGCAAGCUGGAGCCUAUCCCAGCUGACUACGGGCGAAAG